UAAUAAUGAAUGAUUAAAUAAAGUAUAAAAACGCAGUGAAAACAAACAAGUGAAGAAGAAACACUCAUGGGAAGCCUCUGGCAGCCUAGGGUUACCUGAUCCAGCCCUAACUAUAGGCUUUUUCAACAAGAAAGGUUUUAAGGCUAAUCUUAAAAGUAGCAAGGGUGUCUGUCUCCCAAAUCUAAACUGGGAGCUGUUUUGACAGAAUAGGGGCCUAAAAACUGAAAGCUCUGCCUCCCAUUCUACCUUUGUAAAUAAAUAUCCUAGGAGCCGUAGACAAGCCAGCAGUCUAAGCGUGAAGUGCUUUAUUGGAGUGAUAUGGUACUGUAAGGUCCUUAAGAUAAGACGGUGGCUGAUUAUCCAAUACCUUGUAUGGGAGGAGUAGGAGCUGAAAUUUGAUUCUGAAAUGAACAGGGAAGAGAACCUAGUAUUAGAGAAAAAUGCUCCCUCUUAAAGCAUUUGGAUCAACUGAAGGUUUUCCGUCAGAGAACUCAUGUUGGAAAUUAUAUAUUCACCAAAGGAUAGAAUUUGAAAUAUUUAAAAUUCUUUCAUGCUGCAAAAUUCAUCUCCAGGUUUACUCACUCCUCAUUCCCAUUUGGAAAUUGACAGCUAAGGUUGCUUUGCAAUAUCAUCUUGAAGUCUAUUUAUGCCCACUGUUAAGGCACAGGAAGCCUCUGCAGAACGAUAGGUGUCGCCACUCAGACAAUACUGCCAUGUAAGUGAUGUUAUAGGAAGAGAAAAACUCAAAACUGUAAGCAAAGAGUUUGCCAAGUGGUUGUUGUUGCAAAGUCUUGUGGCGCAACACGCCAGGUUACAAAAAUCAAGAGCUACACAACUGGGCAAGGUGACAUGAUGUGACAUCAAAACUGGCAUGUGACACCUGGGACACUGGGCUUGCAUACAAACAGAAUAAAAUCAUGUGGGUCUCCUGGAUCCUGGAUCUCCUGCUAGCUGAUGACCACAAGACUGCAGUCUUUGUUCACAAACAACACAAAAACUUGUUGUGAGUUGCUUUUUACAGAUUUUGCCAAACUAAGUUCAGUGCCUGGCUGCCAGUCUCUUAUAGAUCUAGUGGUAACCUAGAUAAGUCUUCUUAUCUAGCUUGAAUAUGAAAAAUAUCAAACUUUUCUGUUAGAACAUUUGUAACACGUCCAUCCAUCCAUCCUUACCUAUAUUUGGCACUCCACCCUUUUUCUGCUGAGAACCAUGGACUCAGACUUGAAGGUGCUAAUUUUCAUUUCUGUUACUUCACUCUCAGCUGUAAACCACUUCAGUGUGAGGCCACAGUCUAAUAAAUUCAGCAGAACCACAUCAUCCACAAAAAGCAAAGACGUGAUCCUGCAGCCACCAAGGUGGAAGCCUUAAACCACUUGGCAUUAAUAAAAAUUGUAAAUAGAAUCAGUGACAGAGGGCAGCCCUGGUGAAGUCCGGCAUCUACUGGGAAUGAAUCUGACUUAUUGCUGGAAAUGUGGACCUGGAACACGUGAUUUUAGCUGUGGUUGCUUUCGUUCUUGUUUUUUUUCCUCAUUUGUUCAGAGCAAAGUUGACCAAUGGGCCACUCUCAAAAAGAGACGCGUGGUUAAGCUUCUCAGAAAGGAUUGGCUGCAGCGUAGUGUCAGUUGGACUGUGAAGGUGAGACCCACCAUGACAGGAGAUGAGGGAUGACUUACACCUGCCUUCUUGAUGCCCUCUUCAAAACAGGCCUGCUUAUCUUUCCAGGAUAUGAGAGUGUGUUUGUACAAGCUAGGGCUGGGAAAUUGAGAAAGCGGUUUACUGUUUUGAGGUUUUCUUAUAAGUCUUUUGUGUGAAUCUCUCAAUCUCAGUGAAGCGGCAUGCUACUGUUCUUCUUCUCCCCCGUGGUCAGUGGUAUUUAUAAACCAUCACCAGCCGACAUUUACAGACAGAGAAGCACCUUCAAGACACUAUUUUCUGUACUGGGAAAAGGACAGAAAGUACUUUGUAUUUAACUACCUGGAUAUGAAGCUGGAUUGUGGUGGUGGCGAAGGGGGGGUUAAGUGGUGCAUCUCUAAUGUGUGGAAAAACAUUGUGGAGGCUACAGAGAGAACCAGGGUGUCAAUUCUGCAGCCUCAGUCCACAGGAAUGUCAUGAAUUAUUAUUAGGAGCUGUGCACUCUGAACAAACAACUGAAGCAGACAUUCAGUGUGCCAGUGAAAGAGUUAACUUUCUUCCUUUGGACUCUCACCAGGAGGGAAGAGUCAGAAAGAAAAAAAAGAAAGGUUAGUUUGUUUCAGACACUGAUGGGGAAUUCCUCUCUGUCUGUUCUGCCUUUGCCGCCUCUGCCAAGUCCAUUGUGCUUCUGCCUUCCCGAGCUGUUUCAUGCUCAGACAAUGAAAGAGUGUUUAAAUUUGCAGCAAAAAAAAGUGUUACCUUUAUUCCUACUAUGGCCUCAUUAUUUAUAUAAUGGGCAGACACUGGCUGUUUAAAUUCAGAGAGAAUGAGUCUGCUUUAACCGAAGCUUUCUUUGUGCUUCCUUCAUCCAUCUUCUUUAAUGUACAUAUGGGAAGCACUUUUUUCUGUCUGAGAGACAUUGAAAGAUUAUGUGCAAAAUUUACUACUGCUAUACAGCACCAGGCUGAGGAGAUUAUCAACAUUCUUCACUACAUUUAUGACUUUGUCAUCAGCGUGUACUGUAGUGUAUAAAUUUCAUUCUACCACCUGACUCUGACAUUUUAUACAAGAUGGACAUUAAAAUAACAGAUCAUGUCUUCAUGCUUUAUAUCAUUUAUGUGCAAGAUGUGAAAAUCUGUAAUCUGUAAGUCAUUUUAUGAUGUAUUAUUAGCAACAAAUUUAAAAGUACCUUUUAAUAUUUUAGUUCUAUUUUGUGCCAUCAAAACAGCCCUAAGGCAUGGGCCUGGGACCUCUGUGCGUGCCCUGUAGUGUCUGGAACUGUGAUGCUGGCAGUGGAUCCUGUGAGCGCUGUGGAUUGGGCAUGUUCCAGCAAACCUCUUGAUCAAAUGUGCUUGUUGAGAAGCUGGGUGAAAGUAUUGAGCACUUGUAUUGGUCCAAUACACCCAAUAACAUGCAUUUUGAUGCUGUGUAAGGGCAACUGCCAUCGGGCAGUAUCCAAGUUGCCCCGGAUGCAUCCAAUGGAGUGUGAAUGUUAGAAAGUGCUUACGCGUAAAUAAGUGUUGUAUGAAUGUGUGUGUCACUGGUUGAGAUUAUAGUAAGAAAGUGCUUUGAAUGCUCAACUGACUAGAAAGGUACUACACGAGCACCUUUCUAGUCCCUAACAUAGGUUUAAGCAGUAAAACCUACCUUUAUAUGUUUGGGAAAGGAUAUGAGUAACAGCAGCCAAAGGUUUUCAACCAGAACACUGAUUGUAGUUUCAUAAAAAGAUAAUCAGAAAUCAGUGAUGUUCGUACUGCAGUUCAUCACUUCAUCUGACAAUGAAUGUACCCAUAUAAAAUAAUGUAAAUUGUGGUCACUGGCUGUUUAAUCCAUUCAGUCUUCCCAUUCAGUGCUUUGUACUUACCACAGAACACAACAGUUCCAUUGAUUUAUCACAGAGGCCACAUCUUAAAGAUGUGAUUCAUUUCACUGACUUACAUGUACAUCAGUUAGGAGUUUUCAAAAUAUAUAUUUUUCAAAAUAUAUCUAAACUUCUGCAGUCACAUUAUAGAGAUACCUCUGCAGGAUAUUGCAUAAUAUGAGCCAAGACAACUUCUUUUAACUGGCCUGCUGUCUGUCUGGAUUGUUUGAUUCAUUUUUGUGAGAAUCAAGGCAGGAUUCCACCUGGGAAAUGCCUCUUGUGUCUCCUCUCUGUGUGUUAGAUCUGACAGUCUGACAGCUGGAAUGAAGUGAAAACACAUCCUUUAUGUUUUCAGUGUGUUUUUACCUGUGUGUUUGCCUCAAAAGAUAAUCUUGAUAUACAUUUUGCAUAACAGAUGCACUUUGGUGCCUUGGGAUAUAAACUUUUUUGGGCAAGUUUUGAAUCGGACAUAAAUGUAUUCUCAAGUAAAAAUAUUUAUCCCAGUACAUGGAGGCAAGGCCAAGUAAUAUCAUGGUAUUAAAAAAAACAAAACCUUUUUGCCUUCCUUUUGACGUCUCGUACAUAAGCAAAGAGUAAAGAUAUAGUCAGUUUCAUUAUAUUCUCAACUAGACAAGCAGAUGUGUGACGUAGGUCGAGAGAACAGUGGUAUAAACUUUUGAUACCUAUAAUGACAGUUGAUAAGGGGCAUUUUACUAGUAUCGUUUCUUAAAGGCAAGUUUCUCAAAUUAAAUACAGAAAUUAAUAUUAUGUUUUUCAGGGCAGUCACUUUUAUCAUAUUCAGUUUUAUUCUGAAGUUGUCUGGUCUCUUCAGAGAUGACUGGCACCAAUCCAUAGGGCACAACAGCUCAGUGAAUAGUUUGGUGGUAAGAAGAAUUAAAAAUGAUGCCCCUUUUAUAGAAGCACCUUUAAAUGAAGCACCAGCAGCACACCCUCGUGCUGCGGUGCAGUUUUUCAAAUGUUUAAUUACUUCUCAGCUUCCUUUAGCAUCAGUGGUACUUUAAUAAAACUUGUAGCUUUGGACUCCCAGAUAGCUCACCCCAGUUAGCUGUACCCCUGCUACUCCACUAACCUGUUCAUGUUUCAAAUUGAAUUUACCCUCCCAUGAGACACCUGCCAAGCUAAAAACUCUAGUCUGUGAAACAUAACACUAGAGACUUGAGCAGCCAUAGUUGAUUCUGUUCCUGGGGUCAUAGUAGCCCCCCUUGAAGGAAAUAUAAAACUGCCAACUAAGAAUAAAUUAGAUUUUGCAAGACCAGAAUUCACUUUAGCAGUAAAGCACCUGUUUGCAUUAAGUUUGAAAUUACUUAAGUCACUCAAAUUAUUACUGAUUAAUACUGAAACUGACAAAGUAUGUAAUUUUGAUUUAAAAAAUACCAGACUUUGCUCCUCUCCAUUCAGAACAGUAGUGACAUGCUUAGCUGCAUGUUUUUCUCAAACCACUGGCUGUGUCAUGUUCAAAAAAUUUAUGUGGUCUUUUUUUAGGAGAAAUGGCAUCAAUUCCACUUUACAUGGAGCAGCUCUCUUUUCUAGUAAUCUCAUCAAAUUAUUGAGCCCCCAAAGUGUGAUUAUUCAGAGUUGGGCACACAAAGCAGAGUUACACACAUAUAUACUAUGAGUCUUCUAAAAAAGAAAGCUCCAGAUCAAAGUCCUUGGUAUAACUCACAAAUGGACACCUUAAAGCAGAUAACCUUUAGCUGAAGAGGAGGAGAUAGUGUUUCACUAAUUUAGAAAACCUUUGUCUGGCUUGGAAAAAUAGUUUUGUGCUCUAUAAAAAAAGCCUUCUGUAAAGCUGGGACAUCUUCCAAUUCAUCACUGAUAGAAGAAAACAGAAUAAUCCCAGGUUUCUUUUCAGUACUGUAGCCAGGUUAACAAAUAUGGAGGACCACAAGAGCCAUGCGCAUGGAAAUAAAGAAUUCUCUGCUUAAAUAAUGAGUUGUAGAAUAAAUUCUGCAUUUGUAAAUUCAUUUUUGAAUUCCAAUUUAGUAAACUGAUUUUUAAAAUGCUUUUUAAAAACUUCAUUUCAAAACCCUUUUUCGAAUUGCACUUUAAUAAAGUGAUUUUCACAAUGCUUUUUAAAAUGGCGAUUCCAUUCCUCAUUUCAAAAUCCAUUUCCCUUUCCUGUUCGCUCAGGGAUUAACUUUUGGAUUAGCUGUUGGAUUAACAACUUCAUUUUAAAAAUCCUGCGGCUAUUCAAAUUAGCCACACCGUGGGAUGUAAUGAGUGAAAAUGUGAUGUCGACAUAUGUGGACGCCAGGUCCUAGGAGGUUAAAGCAGGAACUGCACACGCUAGUUUAAAGGCUGUAGGCUGCAGCCGUUGCUCUAACACUGUGUAAAUGUAACAGGGCUCAGUGCUGGUUCUAAUAGUCUGAGCUGCUUCCAGCUUUAUUUGUGAAGAGCACAGCAUCUUACAAAACACGUAGCCAGCUCGUACAGAUGUGACGUAAAAUUGUCAUAAGCUAAGAUGACCUUAAAAUAACGUGGCGACGUGCGGUGAUGCUAGCAUUAGCCAUGUUAGCACAUUACCUUCAACAGGUGGUCAGACUGAAUAAACAGGCACUCAGUCAGAGGUUGCGCUGUUUGUUUUGCUGCAGGGUCUUCACAUAUCCGUGUCAAGUCGAGUGUAAAUCCUGAGGCUGAACGGCCUUUGUAAAAGCACACACGCUACUUAGCAGGGCGAAGCUAUGAGCUAGAAAAAUCCAGACAGACAGCCUGUGUCUGUCCAACCAAUCAGAGAGCUCCUUACAGCCCACGGUGUGGCUAAUUUGAAUAGUCGCAGGAUUUUUAAAAUGAAGUUGUUAAUCCAACUGCUAAUCCAACAGCUAAUCCAAAACUUUUAAAACAGCUGAUAUUUAUUUAAACUCUCUCUGAUUGUUCUGUUCAGUAAUUACUUCCUUCAAACCAUCAAUGUGUCUAUUGCACUCAGUUCCUUCUAGACUGCUGAAAGAAGUCAUACCAUUAGUAGUCAAUCUAUCUCUGUUAAAGGGUGGAAUGGAAAUUGCGAUGGACCCAACCACAUAGUUCACUUUACACACUUUUAUUUCCCGGUUGUUGGCUCUUUUUCAGCUGCCAUCCACACACAACAGAACAACAACCCAGUCAGGACCCAGUUAAUCAUUCUAAGCCGGUGAAACGUGAUCACUGAUGCCUCUCAGUCUCAAUGUGAAACUAUCCCAUGAUGCAACAUGUGUCCCCAGCAUCUGCAGUGACAAUGAUGGCCACCCAGAGCGCUCCUCCGCCAUCGUACCAGGAGAGCCAACAGAUGACGGGCACGACUCAACAGAACACCAAGACCCCACAGGUCCACAUCCCAGCAGCCUCUGCAGCACCAAAUAGCUCUGUCAGUGUGACCCUUGACCCCCAGGCCCAGCUUGAAUCUGACAAGAGGGCUGUUUACAGCCAUUUUCAAAGGCAUCCAUUGUUUCCCCUGCUAGCAUUGCUGUUUGAGAAAUGUGAACAGGCCACACAGGGAUCUGAAUGCAUCACGUCAGCCAGCUUUGAUGUGGACAUAGAAAACUUUGUGCACCAGCAGGAACGAGAACAUAAACCCUUCUUUAGCGAAGAUCCAGAAUUGGACAACUUGAUGGUAAAGGCCAUUCAGGUGUUGCGAAUCCACCUACUCGAACUAGAGAAGGUCAAUGAGCUUUGUAAGGACUUCUGCAACCGUUACAUCACUUGUCUCAAGACCAAGAUGCACAGCGACAACCUCCUCCGUAAUGACCUCGGAGGGCCCUAUUCUCCGUCACACACCAGUCUCAGCAUGCAGCAGGAACUAAUUCAGACCUCCUCUCCAUCCAUGACCUCUGUCUCCAGCUCUGUUAACCCUUCAGGGAUUGUGGUGCCUGCUGGAGGGCUGCAACAGGGGAAUGUCGCCAUGACCACCAUCAACUCUCAAGUGGUCUCGGGUGGGACCCUGUACCAGCCAGUUGCCAUGGUGACAUCGCAAGGGCAAGUGUUAACUCAGGCGCUGCCUCCGGGAACCAUUCAGAUCCAGAACUCACAGGUAAAUGUGGACCUGUCCUCCUUGUUGGACAGUGAAGACAAGAAGUCUAAGAAUAAGAGGGGAGUCCUGCCCAAACACGCCACCAACAUCAUGCGCUCCUGGCUCUUCCAGCAUCUCAUGCACCCAUAUCCAACAGAAGAUGAGAAAAGACAGAUUGCAGCACAAACAAGUCUGACUCUCUUGCAAGUAAACAACUGGUUCAUCAAUGCUCGUCGACGUAUCCUUCAGCCUAUGUUAGAUGCCAGUAAUCCUGACCCGGCUCCUAAAGCGAAGAAGAUGAAGUCCCAGCAUCGUCCAACACAGCGCUUUUGGCCCGACUCUAUUGUGGCUGGUGUAUUGCAGACGCACAGAUCUCAGACAGGAAGCAACUCAGACAACCCACUGAGUAUGGACAGUCUCCAGUCACUAUCCUCAGAUUCAGCCACCCUGGCCAUGCAGCAAGCCAUGCUCGGAGCCGAUGACUCAAUGGACGGCACUGAGGAAGAGGAUGAAGAGGAGGAGGAAGAGGAGGAGGAAGGCAUAGAGGAGGAUGAUGAGGAAGAGGAUGGAGAGGAGGAAGAUGACAGGGGGAGGCAGCUGUCCAGCCAGGGAGUGGGAAGGAGAGAUCUUAGCAUGGAGCACAGAGAGGAACUGGAGUAGUCUGUCAGGGGCAACUGACAGACUUUAUGAACGCUGAUCUCAGUUGUGAACUUAAUACAGCCUCAUUGAAACUCAAAUAGUACGCCUCUAAUGCUGAGUGACUCUAGAGAGCAUUUACGCACGUAUUAGUUCUUUACCACAGACUCUAAUCAAACACAAUGACCAUCAUGUUUAUAGGAAAAAUAUUAGUUUAAUGCUGAAUUGUGUUAUUGCAUUUUAACACAGUAUGUUCCUAUGUAGUGAACUCAUGAACUUUCUGGAGAGUAGCACAUUUUUAUAGCUCUGGUUAUUUAUGGAGAGGAAUGACACAGGAACUAAAAGGUUUGAAAUUGAGUACGUUUAAAAGCAGCAUUUAAAGAUGUUUGGUGCUUUUACAGGAACUGAUUCUUUUUUCUUUUUUUUAAACAACCAAUGAGGAAAAGCAUUACAUGGAUUAAAGAACUGAAAAUCUCUUUUGACUGUAUGUUUUAGCAACUACUUAAUUGAAUGUAAUAUUUUGUCAUCUGAAAUUAGUUACUAAAAGGGCUGCAGCCGUUUUUAUCAGUUUUUUUUUUCAUCUGAAAGUGCCCUUUAUUUUCAAUUGACAGACCACAGUUUCACUUUGCAGCUAAUGUGUCAUUUCACUUCCUAAAAUAAGAGUGAGAAGACAAAAUAAAGGAAAGGAUGUGUGUGUAAUACAUUUCAAAUAUUUGUUGAAGUGACUGCUGGCUUCCACUCUGGGACAUCAUUCACACGUUUUAAAUGACUCAUAGGUUCUCAGGUUUAACAGCACUCUCAUCUGACAUGUUUCUUCCUCAUGAGCAAAACACUUGACUUACUGCUGCCGCAUGACUUUUACAACACUCUUGGUUUAUUUUCUCUCUCCCCAUGAGCAAAAACAGCUGUACUAAACCAGUGUAUACUGACUGCACAUAUAGUAUGUAUAUUGGACUUUUCCUAUGUUUGUAUUCUGGUGUUGAGGGUUUGCAUAUUUAUUCAAUUUUUUGUGUGUAGCUUCAGACUUCAUGUUGUCCAUGACAUUUUCUGGAUAAGGGUGUUGAAAAAGCAGGUGGCCAUGCACAUAUGUACCUAACUCCAACCACCAACUCUUUGAAAACUACUUGCGUAUUUCUAUGACCAUGAUCAGUUCUGUCAGAGAUCAAGAGCGUGCCGGUCAUACAGACUCAACACUGAGAGAAAUCACGCAGAGAUGCCUAGUGACUUUGGAAAAAAAUGUCAUGUACUGACACUGACUUCUUUUUGAUGGAAGACAUUUUUGAGAAAAACAUAAAAAAGGGAAGAGACUCAGUAGUAACCUAUCUUUCCAUUUUAUGUGAAGGCUUUUAAAGAAGCUGUGAAUCGAUUUCAGCCCCCUGUUUUGUAUUAAAACAAAUGGAAUCACUCAUCUCUAAUGUGAAGAUGUCUAGAAAAAGAAAAAAACUGUUAUAUUGAAUGUUCUGAGUGUUCAUUGUGAAGUAUGUUUCCUGUUAUUCUUCUUUUUUUUUUUAAACUUUUUAAAAAGUUUUAAAUGAAUCUUCCAGAGCAAGCAACAGACUAGGGGAAUAUUUCUGUUUCAUUUGUAAACUUUGUUGUUGUCAUAAUCUAUUGUGUUUCAAUAGAUCACUUUUAAUAAUUAAACAUGUAAAGGUACUGAUUUUGACUCGUGGAAGUUCUGCAUUUGUUUGAGCUGAGCAAACACAUGCAGGGCUCUGACUUUUCAUAGAGGGAGGCAGUUUGAUUCAUUAAUAUUUCGAUACAAUAACCUGUAAAUCAUUUUUACAAAAGAGAGUAUAACAUUUCUUCACCAUCCUCACAAUAAUUUCCAGAUUACAAAUUUAGUAGUCUAAUUAUUGGUUAACUUCUCCCACUUGCCUGUCCUAUCAUGUAUAGCCUUCCACCCACUCGUUAUAUCUCAAGCCUGUGAUUUAACUCGCUGGAAAAUGCCCACCCAAACGCUCGCCCACCUUCUCAGCCAGCUACCAUAAACAAACCCACAAUCUCCUGAAUUGUGGCCUCUUUGAGUAAAUCACUGUAUUGCUUUUUUUUUUUUUUUUUUUUUUUGACAUGGCUUAUAUAUGUAAUUGCCUUCCUGCAUUGUUUUCAACCUCACCAUAGAAGGUCAAACUCUAAUUGCAUCACUUAAAUCUCUGUUAUUGUUCACCUUUGUUACUCCACCUUUAGCCAUAUUUUAUGGCACGAGAAAUGUGAACUAUAGCAGUCACAUAGGACCUACUUAGCAGAGGUAACAUGUAGUGAGAUGAUUAGCUACUUGACUUUUUUUUUUUUUUGAGG